AUGAAAUCAUUGAAACUGGGACAGACUUAUGUUAGGAAUCAACGACCUGGACCUGCAUACGUACUGAUCUAUCAUAAUUUUGUUGAUUUUUCCUUGCAAUUUCAGGUUGAUACCCAUGGUCCGUUUUCGAACCUGGCUGAACUCAAAACGCAUCCUGCUCAUCUUGCCGUAUUUAUCAACUACCUGCUAUCCAUAGAUAGUCCUAAUAGCUUGUUCUUUUAUGUGAUAACGGAUGCCUUCCAAUGUGCUCAAGGAUCCCCGAAAGACUUUCGUCGAUGGGCGUUUGAAAUUUUCACAACAUUCGUCAUCCCAAACUCUCCACUGGUUAUACCAAAUUCUGACCAAAGCAUUAUUCAGCCUAUUGAUAAGAUCCUCGCUACAACGUCCGAACAAAUUUGUGAAGGCGAUGUGGAUAUACUAAAACGGGUAUUUGUUCCUGGUCGUCAGCGUGCCGUCGCUGACAUCAAUGAACACAUGGCUAAUUUUCGGCAAAAACGGCAAUUAGGUAGGAGAUAUCUUUCUUCAAAGUGA